GUGUGUUGAGUCUGGCCGUAACUCAGAAACCAUUCAGGCUAAGCUCCGUGUCCAUCUCUAACAACAAAGCAUCCCUCGUGCCUGGAGAUGGGCUGCGGAAUGUUAUAAAAGGCAGACACUGCAGGAAAACCCCUCAGUUACCAGCCUUCGUCCUCUGAGCUCAUUGGCGCCAGGUUGACAGAAGACAGUUCUGCAGGAUGGUGAGUCUUGCCUGGACUUGUCAGCUGGGCUGGAGCAGCGAGGGAACAGCAACCCCACUCGGCAUAGCUGUCAGGGCUAUGUGGAGCCUCCCUUGUUUUAAAUAUAGUGCCGUAUGAUCCCAGUGCCCUUCUAAUGGGAAUGCAAGUGCUCUUAGAUCUGUAACCAGGGUGUCGUUCGAAGUAUGCAAGGUGUAGGGGAAAGAGGAUAAAAUAAUUUCACAGUGUAGGAAUAGGAGGGAAGAGGAAUUAGCACUCUUGAUGGUGGGGUGUUUUUACCAGUUUGCCUUCCCCUUUUUCCUUUUUCACUUAGCCUCAGUUCUAGAUAAUGGGAAAUGCUGACACUAUUUUUUUAAAGAGAGAGAGAGAGAGAGAGAGAGAGAGGAAGGGAAGCCCAAUCUCUGAACACUGAAAGACUCCAGGAAUUCCAGACCCUUACCCAGAGUUCAGUUUCCUCAGAAUAAAGGACAGCAGAGACAGUGGUGUCUUUAGGAUGUAUGGUUUAUUUACACAGAUAUACAACCUGAGCCUAUGGUGGAGAAGCUCACAGCAUUAACACCCCAAGAGGGCCUUCCUUCUCCCAGAGCCACAGCCUUGGAUUCAUAGGGAAAUCAGGCAUGGCUAUGUCUCUCACAGCUGCCCAGCCUGCCACAUUUUGCCUCUAGCUCUCACAAACAACUCCCAAGAGGGAGUGGGGGAGGGACGGACAUCCAUUUGUUAUCUGGCAUGGAGCUACUUCCUUUGUUGCCUUAAUGACCCAUACUUAGAGGACUGUUUCAACAAUUUGAACCCUUGUUAAGAUUUUAACACUUGCUGGAUCCAGGAAUUAGAAGGGUCUGGGGCAUGCAGCCUACCCCACCCCCCCAAAAAAACUUUUUACAAUACUAUGACAAUAUACUAACUUUGGUAUGCAGCCCACUAUGUAUACCCUGAGUAAAAAACAACAACCACCCUUUAAAAAGAGCUUUCAUGGUGUAGUGCAGUCUUCCCCAACCUGGUGCCCUCCAGAUGACUGGUGAGGAGAUUUUGCUUCUAUUCUUAUGAAGCUCAUGACCUGAGAACGAGGUGUCAGCAUCUCCUAGCCACUGACUACUGCAGUGUAAAGGCGGAGUUGUUGGAGGGGCAGGGAGAUGUUGUGCCAAGGUGUUAAAGCCAAAGGACUCACCAAAGUACACCCGAACCAGGAAUAUGGUUGUUGCCAGUGCUUUUUUUGGGGGGAGGGACACAGGGAUACGUAUACCCCUAAACAUUUUGUGAAUCUUUGUACUUUUGUCCAUUUACUGUAUUUAUUUUUCCUGGUUUGAACUAUAAAAUAGUGAUUUUCUUGAGUCAAAAUGAGAGUACCCCUGAACAUUUAUUUUUUAAAGAAAAAAAGCACUGGCUGUUGCUCUGGCAAAGUCCAAGCUCCUGUCUAGGAGUGGCCACCCCAGAGCCUGCAAAUACGCGGCUGCCCAGAAAGAUGCACUAAUCUGCAUUUUUGGUGGCUUGCCACAGGGGGCAGUGUUAUACAGGGUCAGGGUGUGGGUGGGAGUUUCCUGUUCUGCUGCUGGUAGCCCCUGACAUGUAGCUUCCACACCAGUGAUGGAUCUGCCCCUCUUUCCCCAGCGCGAGUGCAUUUCUAUCCACGUGGGCCAGGCUGGUGUGCAGAUUGGCAAUGCAUGCUGGGAGCUGUACUGCCUGGAGCAUGGGAUUCAGCCGGAUGGGCAAAUGCCCAGCGACAAAACCAUCGGAGGUGGAGACGACUCCUUCAAUACCUUCUUCAGUGAAACCGGAGCUGGGAAGCAUGUGCCUCGGGCUGUUUUCGUGGACCUGGAACCCACUGUGAUCGGUGAGGGCUGCAUAUUAGGGGCGGAGUCUGACCAAAGCCUCUGUGUAUUCUGAUUGGAUACUGAUCUGAGGUGGCCCAAGACAUUCUGGUGGCUGCCAUGGUGGUAAAAAUAUAACAAUAGAUGCUUAAGAACUUCCUGCCCUUUAAUGGUACCCCAGAGUAGAAUUCUUAACCCUGCCUAAUGGUCUGAAGCAGCUUGAAUGAACCGGUUAAAGAACCACAGGGAUCCAUGACAUUCAUUCGUUAAGAAUAAAGGUUGUUCUUCAGUCAUUAAGAACAACAGGCUUGUUGUGAGCCUAAAAUAGGUUGGAGUUCCUAGGAAGAAAAGUGGUAUAGACAUGUAAUAAUAAAACAAAUGGAUGUAGAAAGCAAGCGAGUUUGGUGCUAGGAACCCAUUUCAAGUUUGCGUUGCCACACAAGGGCAUUUAAAAUGGCAACAUCCUCCCAGAUUUGUCUGUAUUGUCACAGCAUGUCAACAGGAGACAGCAAAGACUUUGGAGUGUGGCUUCCUAUGGAAAAUGUGCUUGCUGUGGUCCAUGUCUGUAUCCCCUUUGUGCAUGUCUACGGUGGCCCAUUGGCUAGCUGAGAACUCUCUAAAUCUGGUGAAAAUAUUCUCAGGUCAGGGCUGAACCCGUAUCAUACUCUCAGCUGUUGAAACCGAAUCCCCAUCCAGCCUUGGUCUGUCAGCAGAGUAGGCUAGGAGACAAGAGAGGAGAGGAAAUGACUUGACCUACUGUUUGCUCUGCAAUCCAGAUGAGGUUCGGACUGGCACAUACCGUCAGCUCUUCCACCCAGAGCAGCUGAUCACUGGCAAGGAAGAUGCUGCCAACAACUACGCCCGCGGGCACUACACCAUUGGCAAAGAGAUCAUUGACUUGGUGCUGGACAGGAUCCGGAAGCUGGUAAUUGGGCUUGGUGGCAUGGGAGACCUGGGGCAGGAAGGGGCUGGAUCUGCUUUCUGGAAUCUGGAAGGAGUUCUGGUUAAUGAAAGUGGAGGGGAGGUAAUGAGCGGUUUGUGUUGAUGCUGCACAAGUUCAGCUUCCACUGCCUCACUCAGGGAACUAGAUUAUAGUGCAGAAGGUUUAUCCACACUUAAGUUUUGCCCCACACUUUCUAGGUACAGGUCCACACUUUCCCAGUCUGUGUCUGAGUGCUACCCCCCCCCGCUGCUUUCCCCAGGAAAACCUGAUCUUUACCGCUGAAUCAGAACAAACAGUAAUUCGGAUUUUGCCAUGGAUUGCUGUUUGCUCCCGUUUGGUAAAGAGAGGGUUUUCACUGAAAAAGUGGCCAGGUGUGCGUGUGUGUGAGAGAGACGCAUACCUAUAAAGUCUGGACCUGUGUUUAGAAAUGCAGAGCAAAGCUAAGUGUGGAUGAUCCCUAAAACAAAGGCAACAGCACUAAGAUUGGAGACAAGCCUUUUACUAUCGAAAAGCAAGCAAAGGCUUAUCGCCAGUCUUGCAACUUGAACUUCGGAUCAGCUGACGUCACAUAUUGUCAUCCUGUGAUUGACAGGUGGGCAGCCACAACCACCUGUCCAAAUAAGUUGUGGAGGGCAGGCCCAUCUUGGACGCCUGACUUUAAGCAAGGCUGGGUGCUGUGAACACUUGAGCGCACAGUGACCUGUGGAGCAGGCUCUUUCUCUGCUCAUGCAGCAGCCAGUCUCCUGCAAUGGUGACACAAUGGCCGUCUGUCAUGAGGACCGAUUAUCCAGAGGUAAUGUAGCAAGUACACCUCUGCUGGAAUGAAAGUGUUUGCCCAGAUGAUCGAUUGGUGGAGAAAUCUGGUUCAGUAUUCGUGCAUCUCAAGCCCAUGCAUGAACCAUAACAAAGCUUUUCUUUGAAAUUUGCACUUCUCUGAAGUUUCUGUUGCAGUUCUGCAACCAAAUGAUGUUAGCGAAAAUGCACCCAUUAGGGGGAAAUGUGCAUAAAAUGCAUGCAUUAGUGAAAAUAAUGAACAAAAAUGCAAUAGAUUAGGAAAAGCAGCUUGCCAAAAAUUGUGUCUAUUAGUCAAAGCAACAUAUAUUAGGAGAAAUCCAAAAAAAAUGCUGGUGAAUUUUCAUGAGGACUUAAAAAAUAUUCAGCAACCUCACUGAAUCUAAAACUGGCGAAAUUAGAGACAGAGAGGAGUCAUCCAUCCCAACUGGCCAGCAAUAGGGCUAAACUCUAAUGCUCAAAUACAGAGACUUGAUUGUGGGUCUCCCAGAGGAAUUGGGAGACAAUAAAGCAGUGGUUGAGAGAGUUUUGGAGGACUCUAUCCCAUUAUUCCACCCCAUUUCCUAACCCCAACUGACCACCGCUUGGUUUGUUUCCUGCAUUCCACAGGCUGACCAAUGCACAGGACUCCAGGGAUUCCUCAUCUUCCACAGCUUUGGGGGAGGCACUGGCUCAGGAUUCACCUCCCUGCUGAUGGAACGGCUCUCGGUUGAUUAUGGCAAGAAGUCCAAGCUGGAGUUCUCCAUUUACCCAGCUCCUCAGAUAUCAACAGCUGUGGUUGAGCCCUACAACUCCAUCCUCACCACACACACCACCCUUGAGCACUCAGACUGUGCUUUCAUGGUGGACAAUGAAGCCAUCUAUGAUAUCUGCCGCAGGAACCUGGACAUUGAGCGCCCAACUUACACAAACCUGAACAGGCUCAUCGGCCAGAUUGUGUCCUCCAUCACAGCCUCGCUUCGCUUUGAUGGGGCGCUCAAUGUGGACCUGACAGAGUUCCAAACCAACCUGGUGCCCUACCCUCGCAUCCACUUCCCUCUGGCCACUUACGCCCCAGUCAUCUCUGCAGAGAAGGCCUAUCAUGAGCAGCUUUCCGUAGCGGAGAUCACCAAUGCUUGCUUUGAGCCAGCUAACCAGAUGGUGAAAUGUGACCCCCGCCAUGGCAAAUACAUGGCCUGCUGCCUGUUGUAUCGAGGCGAUGUGGUGCCCAAGGAUGUCAACGCUGCUAUUGCCACCAUUAAAACAAAGCGGACAAUCCAGUUUGUGGACUGGUGCCCCACAGGCUUCAAGGUGGGCAUCAACUACCAGCCCCCGACUGUGGUCCCAGGCGGAGACCUAGCCAAGGUGCAGCGGGCAGUGUGCAUGCUGAGCAACACCACCGCCAUUGCUGAGGCCUGGGCCCGCCUGGACCACAAGUUUGACCUGAUGUAUGCCAAGAGGGCUUUUGUCCACUGGUACGUAGGGGAAGGCAUGGAAGAAGGGGAGUUCUCCGAGGCACGAGAAGACAUGGCCGCCCUGGAGAAGGAUUAUGAAGAAGUGGGAACAGAUAGUAUAGACGGUGAAGGAGAAGAAGAGGAAGGGGAUGAGUAUUAGCACAGCUCAAUCUGUGUUAUAUGGGGAAUUAAAGUGUCCAUUGCCUUGCCACUUGGGGAUUCCCUUCACAAAAUAAAAUAUUAACUGUGUCACAGAAA